UGCCGGAAAUUCUAAAUAAGAAGAAGAGUGAGAAGACACACGAAGAAGAAGUUUGUGAAGCCUCGUGAAGCGGGAAUUGACAGACAGCCCACUGUCAUGGACUGGGGUCAGAAUGAGCUGCCGUCUCCGGUGGUUCGAGACGACGAGGUGACGGUUGCGGCCCGCAGGAGGAGGAAGAAGGUGGCCUUCCCAUCGCCCGGCAGCCCCGUCGCUUCUACAGCAACACCAGCCCGCUCCCUGCUGAGGAACACUCCUGCUUCACUGUACAGACAGGCCGUAACUCCAAGGAUUCCAGAUGUUUCCUCCAUUUUGGCUCCAGGAGGUCGAACACCUCGAUACACGCAUACACCCAGACAUGCGCUCAGCAGUAUGAACUUGGAUGACAGUGAUUGGACCAACAGCAUGUAUGUCUCUCCUGUUUCGGGCUUGGAAAACACCAGCUUCUUCACAGAUGACAUCGCCAACCUUAGCUCAGCCCUACUAAAGGAGGACGACCCAGGCGAGGCCGCGGCUGCCAGUCUUUUCCCAGAGUUCCUUGGGUCCUUUCUGAAACACUCUUCGUCUGCUGUGUUUGAGCUGCUUGAGGAUUACCAGGCGCUCUGCCAGGACAAGGUGGAUGUGCUGCAGUCUGUGGUCCUCAGAGCGGGUCAGAACAGUAAAACAGCAGGAGUCCGCUGGCUGCUGCAGCAGGAGAACUGCUCCUGGAGACUCAUCACCUCACUGUACAGGGAUCGGGUCCAGUUGGCGCUGGAAGAUGACAUCAUGACAGACAUGGUUGUUCCCAGUGAGAGCGAGAAAAUCGUGGUGGAGCAGCUCUUUCAGCGGGAUGCUGCCAUACGACAGAGUCAGCUGGUUGUUGAUUGGCUGGAGAGCAUUGCCAAGGAUCAGAUUGGAGAUUUUUCUGAUAACAUAGAAUACUACGCCAAAAACGUCUGCUGGGAGAACACCCUCCAUGCACUGAAGCUGAGGAGGAAGAGCGGCUCUGCCUUUACUGUUCCUCUGGUCACAGAGCUGGACCCAGACGCUCCUCUCCGGCAGCAGCGCCCCCUGGCUGACCUGGACAGAGAGGACGACGCCCGACUGCUGAAGAACCUGUUUACCCUGAUCAGAGCGGGGAUGACCGAGGAGGCUCAGAGGCUGUGUAAGCGCUGUGGUCAGGCCUGGAGAGCAGCAACUCUAGAAGGCUGGAAACUUUACCAUGAUCCCAACAUGACCUCAGGCAGUACAGAGUUGCAGCCUGUCGAAGGAAAUCCUCACAGAGGAAUCUGGAAGGCCUGCUGCUGGAGAAUGGCUGAGGAGGAGCAGUUAAACAGAUAUGAGAGAGCAAUCUACGCCUGCCUGAGUGGAAACCUCAAACCGCUCCUGGCAGUGUGUGAAUCAUGGGAGGACUGCGUGUGGGCGCACUUCAGAGUGAUGGUCGACUCCCUGGUUGAAAAGGAUCUGAUGUCAUCGGGAAUGGCCCACCAGGAAGUGGAGACGCUGCCUCGAGAAUACCUGGAGGCCAAUUGGACCAUGGAAAAGGUCUUUGAGGAACUUCAAGCCUCUGAGUCAAAGAGGGUUUUGGAGGAAACCAGAGAGCAUUACCACGUCAUCCAGAAGUUUGUCAUCCUAGGAGACCUGGACGGUCUGUUGGAGGAGUUUUCUGAUUGGCUGUCUGCCUCUAAGCCCCUUCCCUCCCAUCUGCUGCGUUUCAUGACUCACCUUGUGCUGUUUUUCCGCUCCCUGGGUUUGGCACUGAAGGAGGAGGUGUGUGUGGAUGUGCUGAAGGCGUACGUCUCCCUUUUGAUUCAGGACCAGCAGACUGACCUUGUGGCGAGCUACGUAAGCCAGCUACCAGCCGAGCUCGCCACGGCUCAGUACGCUGCUUUCUUGGAGACAGUCACCCAGCCGGAGCUCCGGCCCCGCUGCCUGCAGCUCGCCACUGAUGCAGGUCUCGAUGUCGCUGCGAUAACCAAGAUGGUGGUGGAGACGGUGAGAGAGAGAGACGAUACAGAGUUUACACCCCACCCCCAGACGCUGGAGACGGGAACGACAAAGGAGGACCUAAGGAAGAUUGAUGUUAUCGAUUGGCUGCUGUUUGACCCCGCCCAUCGAGCAGAGGCCCUAAAGCAGUCCAACGCCAUCAUGAGGAAAUUUCUGGCUGUGCAGAAACACGACGCAGCCAAGGCGGUGUUCUCUAAAGUUCCAGAGGAUUCAAUGAGGGAGAUUUACUGCCAGUGGUCGGGGGUCGGUCAGACAGCGCCCCCGCCUGCUGAGGAUGAGAACGCCAUCAGAGAACACCUGUGUAUCAGAGCCUACCUGGAAGCUCACGAGGCUUUCACUGACUGGUUCAGCCACAGUAGCUCUGCCCCACAGAAGCCAGCACCUGCCCCCGACGCCAAAUUCACAGAGAGAGUAGCCAAUGAGAUGAGAGAGAAGGAGUACCAGGCGUCCCUGUCUGCCUGGUCGUGCCGUCUGGACGUUCUAACUGAAGAUGUGAAAGAGAGAAUAUACAACGUGCUGCUGUUCGUAGACGGAGGAUGGAUGAUCGACAACAGACAGGAUUCAGAGCCAGAUUCAGAGCGCAGCCACCAGAUGGCAGCGUUACGGUCUCUCUGUCUACCUCGCCUCAGCUUCUUACUGCUCAGUGUGCUGCAGAACUCCUCCAGACACCAGGAGGCGCUGCGCCUCGCUGACAUCAUCUCAUCAGACCAACACCGCCUCUACCAGGUUUUCUCUAAAGAGGAGCUGAGGAGGUUCCUUCAGAAGUUGAGGGAGUCGUCGCUCUCUCUGUUGGACCAAACACUCGACCCGCUGGGCUACGAGUUACAGCCAUGAACACACAAAUAAAAUACACACACACACACAGCAGUGU